AGAUGACUUCGGUCUUACGGAUUAAAAGUCGGAGCCGCCUCGUACGCCGAUGGCUUUGUGUAGCAAUGGAAAUAUAACAUGCGGCGCGACUCGGGGAAACCCUUGAAAGCCAAACUUAAUUUCUGGGUAGGAUCAACACCAAGCUUCUUACAAGUCUUUGACAAGCUUCUUACCACAAGUCUUCCGUAAACCUUCCACAAACCCUUGUCCUUGUCUAGCCUACGUCCUCAUACAUCAGCGCUAUCAUCGCAAAGAUGACGACAUCGCCAUCAUCCUUGAACAUUCUCAUUGUAGGCGCGGGCGUCUGCGGUCCGGCCCUCGCCCUCAUGCUCCAACGUUCUAACCCCAAUCACGUGAUCACGGUCAUAGAACGGUUUCCCACGCUCCGGACAGGCGGACAGCAAAUCGAUAUCAAAGCACAAGGCAUCCCCAUCUUGGAGAAACUAGGUCUUCUGAACACAAUUCGCUCCUACUGUGUCAAAGAAGGCGGCAUGGAGUUUGUUGACCGAAAUGGUAAAAGCCUCAUGCAAUUCGGUAUCACGAAAGCAGGAGACACCGCUGGGGCGUUGACUCUGACCCAUGAGUUUGAGUUCAUGAGAGGGAAUUUCGUCAAAAUGAUGCAUGAUAUCAGCAUCCAGGAACGCGAGAUUCUAACCACCAGAGGACAUGUCAAAGGUGGACUGACCUACGAGUUCGGCAAAACCAUCACCGCGCUCUCCCAUUCUGAAUCCUCAUCUUCCCCCAAGACAGCAACAGUAACAUUCUCCACCGGCGAGACCCGCACCUUCGAUCUGGUAAUCGCAGCAGAUGGUCAAGCUUCACGAACCCGUUCCCUUGCUUUUGGCUCCGAAAUAUCCAGCUCGGCUUUCCACUCCAUGAAUAUCCAUGCCGCAUACUACAAGAUCCCUCGUCUUCCCACAGAAGAUAGCCUAGCACGCAUCUACUUCGCUUCCAACAACCGCAUGGUAAUGACACGUACGGGCAACCAACCGGCAACGCAAGUCUACCUAUUCCUCAUGAACGGCAAAGACAGAGACAGAGCAAGCCACAUGGCGACUUACCAGAAGAGAUCCGCCGAGGAACAGAAAGAUGCUUGGAAGAGCUUGUACCAAGAUGCAGGAUGGGAGUGCCCACGCUUUCUCCAAGGCCUAGACACGGUAAAAGAUUUCUACGCCACAGAAAUUGGCCAAGUGAAGAUGCCUCAGCAUAAACUUUACAAGGACCGCGUUGUCCUCCUUGGCGACGCGGGAUACUGUCCCUCACCCUUUACAGGAAUGGGCACUACACUCUCCCUCAUCGGCGCAUACGUCCUUGCGGGCGAGUUGUUUCGACAUGGUGACGACGUCGAUGCUGCGCUGGAAGCCUAUCAAGAGGCCAUGAAGCAGCCUGUUGAGGAAUGUCAGAAGCUUGGGCCCUAUGCGGAUGGAAAGGGUCCCCUUCCGAGUUCAGAGUGGGGGCUUUGGAUGGCGGGUUGGGCGCUUUGGACGGUGAGUAGUCUAAGAGUUGAUAGGGUAAUCGGGUGGCUUGCGGGACUUUUACCAGAAGGGAAGGAAAAGAGGUGGGAGAUGCCGGAGUACACGGAGUUCAAUCUGAAGGCCCUGGAAAGGGAAUGAGGUGGUAUGCUUGAUAUGCUCGUGUUGUUUCCAUGGUUCGCGAUGUAGAAUACUGUUUUUUUAAAAUGUAUACUAUGCAGACCCUCUGCAAUGAUCCCGGAUAGUAAGACGUGAAAUGGUUCUGCCAAGCCAUCCGUUGUAUACUCUGUCCAAGUUAUCGAAACGUACGUUCAAGAGCGACAGAUUACGUCUUUCUCUGCCUAGACAGUCUCUUCUUGGCCCUCUCCCAUCUCGAUUUGUCACUCCC